GUUUUUGUAAAUAUUAUAAUAUUCGUGCGAAGUACUAUUGAAGAAAAGUAAUAAUACAAGCAUUUUCAACUAAAAUAUUGCAACAGUAUAUCGAAAUUAUUAACAAAAACACACUAAACUUUAUAAAUGUUUUAUCAAGUAAAGAAAAUUGUGAAGAAUUCGAUAUAACAAGGAUUUACAGGACUCAUGGAGUACGUUCUGUUUUAGAAAUAUUCAUGGAUAAUUCAUUAAAUGUGUGUGAUGAUAAAAUAACGAAAUUCGAUGAAUUCACAUCAAGAUUGAUUAAACUUAUAAAGAAAAGAAUAUAUAAUAUUUUCAUAUUACCAGAUUUUACUUUUAACCUUACACAAUUAUCGAGAGAGACAUAUACAAAUGCUGCGUUAGUAAAAAAUAUUCUAAAUACGAUCAUUCAAAGGCGAAGAAAAUAUCUGAAAACUAUGGAUGAGAAAGAUGAAAAUUGUAAUAAAACACUUCUGGAUAUGUUAAUAGAACAAUGUGAUCAUAAAAACUCAAUCACCGAUGAAGAGGUGUUACAGGAAAUCACUACAAUAAUUUUUGGGUCCAUUGACACUACUACAGCUACUUUCUCAUUUCUUAUGCUAGUACUUGUAACGCAUCCUGAAAUACAGAAAAAAACACUAUACCAAAAGGGACAGAUGUAUUUAUUUCAAUUGCGCAACUACAUAAAAAUAAAAAAUUUUGGCCUGUACCAAAAAAAUUUGAUCCUGAUAGAUUUCUCCCUAAUGAAAUCGCAAAACGACCUUCAUGCUGCUAUUUACCUUUCAUUAUGGGUUCAAGAAGUUAUUUAGGUUUCAGAUUCGCUGAAAUGGCAUUGAAGAUUGUUAUUUCCUCAAUUCUUCGAAAAUAUGUUUUGUCAUGUGAUAAAACUAUACCGUUACAACAUGUAAAAUUGGAUUACAGAAUGUUUACAUAUCAAAAAGAACC